AUGGCUCCAAGUUACUUGACCGGCGCAUGCCUAUGCAAAAAAAAUAGCAUACCGCAUUACUCUGCCCACUCCCGAGCCGUUGCCCAAGGCUCCGGCUUCUCUGCGAACAUCGUCGUUGCCCAAUCCAGCUUCGAGUACACCAAGGGCUCCCCAAAGCUGUACCUAGAUGGCAGUAACAAAGGCGGAGUAGUGUAUCGCGAGUUCUGCGCUGAUUGCGGUACGCCGUUUACGUCGCGAUCUGACGAUGAUGAGGAGGAGGUGGCGGUGAAGUCGGGGACUUUGGAUGAUGAAGAUCGGGAGAGGUGUGGGGAGUUAGGGAUGGAGAUUUAUUGUCGUCGGAAGGAUGGGUGGGUUGAUGGGAUUGGGGGUGAAGGUGUGAAGAAGCUUAAUCAGAGUAUGGAUGGCUAG